UACGACAGUAAACGACAAGUCUCAUCUCCAUCUCCCAUCCCACCCGCCUCUCUCCAACCUCUCUGGGCGCAAAUUCGUCAAACUGCGGUUCCCACACCUCGCCAGUCAAUCCGCCAUGGAUUUCUCCGACAUUUUUCGCAUGGUGAACUUCGCCGUUGCCGUCUUCGUAGUCCUCGGUGGUAUCGCCAAAUUGUUCCCGUUCAACGAUUUCUCGCAUAUCAUUCUAGGUGUAUACCUGAUCAUUUUCGGUCUUGGUAAGUAUCAACCGUGCAAAUGCGCGUUGGCAAAGUUCCAAAUUCCGCAGCAGGUGUCUCGAUAUGCCUCGUUCAUGUUCUCCUUCCUCGGUCGUGGUAUCUUCUACGUGUUUAUUGGAUCCGUGAUCGUGGGCGAGCGCUGGUUCCGCAUUGUGCCAGGUACUAUCGUUGGCAUCGUUGGUCUUGGCUACGCCGUUCUGGAGUACAUUCCUUCGAUCGAGCCUCCAGCAAACAUGCGUGACGCUGACGCUGGCUGGGGUGCGGAGCAAGUGUAAAGCCACAUGGGACGAAUCCGAGGAUGGCGGUUGAAAGAAUCCUCGCGCGCCAUCUAUUACUUGACAUUUCAGCUUUGGCAAAAAAUCCGUCGUGCGCGUUUCAUGUACUAAACUAGGUGUUGCAAGGUAUAGGCCGGUCUGGCCCUCUGAGUCGUAUCGAUAUCGACACAGUUAUGACGUGUGUUUUGUGUUGGGAUAGAAUCGACGGGGAUGUAUUGGAAAUAGCUCCAGGGAAAUUGGUUAUGAGCGUAGACAGCGGAGCCAUUGGCUUUCGGGGCUGCAGAUUAAUGUAUGAUAUUCAAUUGUCCGUUGGCGUAGAUGAACAAGGCUGGAAUUGUCUGCACGUGUUCGCUUGACUCCUAGUGUCCGCAGUGCAUGAAGCGGAUACAGACUACCGCAGUCCACGCGUCGUAGGAGCGGCCAUGCAAUACGAAUCGGUACAUGAGGCGAGCCGGACCAAGUUCC